AUGUCUCGUCCCGUCGUCAUCUCAGGCCCUUCAGGUACCGGUAAGUCGACCCUUUUGAAAAAACUUUUCGCUGAAUUCCCAGACAAAUUUGGAUUCUCUGUAUCUAAUACCACUAGACAACCUAGAGCUGGUGAAGUUGAUGGAAAGGAUUACCAUUUCACAACUGUUGAAGGAUUUCAGAAGGCUAUUGAAGAAAACAAGUUCCUCGAAUGGGCCCAAUUUUCCGGUAACUACUAUGGUACCUCUAUCAAGUCCGUGGAAGACGUUGCAACUUCUGGUAAGAUUUGUCUCUUGGAUAUUGAUAUGCAAGGUGUUAAGUCUGUCAAGGCUUCGCACUUGAAUGCUAGGUAUUUAUUCAUAAGUCCACCAUCGAUUGAAAGUUUGAGAGAAAGAUUAGAAGGUAGAGGAACUGAAACACCUGAAUCUCUUGCCAAGAGAAUAAACUCUGCCAGUGCCGAAUUGGAAUACGCCAAGUCUGGAGCUCACGAUAGAAUAAUUGUCAACGACGACUUGGAAAGGGCCUACCAAGAGUUCAAAGAGUUCAUUUUGGAAGCUUAA